UAAGGAAUCACGUGGUCUCCUUACGUCAGCCUGUCGAUUUGGCGUCACACCAGAGGGAACAGCAAAAGAACAAGAUGGAGGAAUAUGCCAGAGAACCCUGCCCCUGGAGGAUCGUUGACGAUUGUGGGGGAGCCUUCACCAUGGGAGCGAUUGGAGGAGGAAUCUUUCAGGCUGUCAAGGGCUUCAGAAAUGCACCCUCAGGUAUGAACCACAGAAUGAGAGGAAGCAUGACUGCCAUCAAGACCAGAGCUCCACAACUUGGAGGAAGCUUUGCAGUUUGGGGAGGCCUCUUCUCCAUGAUUGACUGUGGUUUAGUACAAGUAAGAGGGAAGGAGGAUCCUUGGAACUCUAUUACGAGUGGGGCCAUAACAGGGGCCAUCCUUGCUGCAAGAAAUGGUCCAGUAGCCAUGGUGGGCUCUGCAGCCAUGGGAGGAAUCCUGCUGGCAUUGAUAGAGGGUGCUGGAAUCUUGCUUACUAGAUUUGCCUCAUCACAAUUCCCAACUGGGCCCCAGUUUGCUGAGGAACCGGCCCCUGCUCCCAUGGCCGCCCCUUCCUUUGGAGACUACAGACAAUACCAGUGAGAGGACUCACUUCUUAUCCUCUAGGCCUUUUUGAAUUCCUUGCUGAAGUUACAAAGAAGAAAUGGAGAUGUAAAGUACCCACACAUCUGAGAAUAGCAACUGCAGCCAACUUUAUGGACCGUGUCAGAAGUGAAGGACAAAGUACAUGUUCAUUUUCCUCCUUUCAAGAGCCAUGUACAGAUCUGUCUUGUGCCAUUGUACGCCUUGUCAUGUGCAUCUGUUUCACCCAACACUGGUUAAAUACAAACACGUGGUGAGACUGGAGACAAGGUGUGUUUUUCUGUUGUCUUCAUAUACGUCAUGUACUGCAUGUAGACCAACAAGUGGGAGCUCCACAUUGACAAAUUUCCUUAAGACAUAGUUGUAAUCAAGCAAAAACACCCCACAUGCGCAACAUUAUGAAUUAUGAGUAAUGUUAUACCCCGUUGUGUGUGUGUAUAUAUAUACGGUAAAGGCUCUACUUGUAUUCCCUUAUAGUUUCAUUUGCCUUUAAAUAUGUCACUGCUUGGGCUGGCCACAUUCAUUUGGCUGGAUUUUUUUGGGGGGGGGGGGAUUUCGAUUCUUGAAGGCAAAUACCAGUCACAAUGCUAUUCCUGGAAAAAUAGGUUUUGAUUUUAUUUAUUUAUUUUUUUGAGAUUUGAGAGUUUUACCAGAAUGUUCUAUUUUAUAUUAGAGUGCUUUUACAUCCAACACAAUUGUUUGUGAAAGCCUGGUAAUGAUUGAGGGUGGCAUAGGCAGUACGAAUGGAACGGAGAAACUCAAGCAAGGGGUUGCAUACUGUUUGAAAACUGUAUGAUAGAUUAUAGUAUGGUACAUUAAAGAAAUACCUUGUUA